CCAGGAGGAGGAGCAUUAGGCGUCAGAUUCCUCAAUUUCCAACUUAGCAUCUUGGCAGGACCUUUUUUUUCCUGCUUCCAAAGCUAAAGUCUAAACCAACCCACACUCCCACCCAACCUUUCCCCUCCCUCCCUGUACAGAGGGAAAGCACAAAAAAAAUCUUAGCAGGGAGAAAGGCAGUAAGAAGAAGAGAGAGGGAGAGGAGAUACCAGCAGCAAGAGGCAGCCAGGAACACUCCUGAUAUCCCCCAGGUCAUCAACUGGUGGGGUUCCUUACCUUACUUACAUUCAAGAGACCCUAGCAGAAGUGGUCCCCCAUUUUUUCCUGGCAGCGUGUGCGUCUCCAAAGAUAAGAGUGUAUGUAUGUGUCUGGCCAUGUCCUAUCCUCAGGGCUACUUGUACCAACCAUCUGCUUCUUUGGCUCUGUACUCUUGCCCUGCAUACAGCACCAGUGUCAUCUCUGGACCCAGGACUGAUGAACUGGGGAGGUCUUCGUCUGGUUCUGCCUUCUCACCCUAUGCUGGAUCCACAGCCUUUACAGCCAGUUCUGCUGGCUUUAACUCUCCCCUCCAGUACAGCGGGGAUCCGGCUGCUGCCUUCACCUCUUAUGUGGGUUCUCCAUAUGACCACAGCACAAGUAUGGCAGGCUCAUUAGGGUACCAUCCAUACGCAGCUCCAUUAGGUUCCUAUCCUUAUGGAGAUCCGGCUUACAGGAAAAAUGCUACCAGGGAUGCCACCGCCACCUUAAAGGCCUGGCUGAAUGAGCACAGGAAGAACCCUUACCCCACCAAGGGUGAGAAGAUCAUGCUAGCCAUCAUCACCAAGAUGACACUCACCCAAGUGUCCACCUGGUUUGCCAAUGCUAGGAGGAGGCUGAAAAAAGAAAACAAAAUGACUUGGACCCCCAGGAAUAGAAGCGAGGACGAGGAAGAUGAGGAGAAUAUCGACUUGGAAAAAAAUGAUGAUGACGAGCCUCAGAAACUGGAGGAAAAGGGAGAUCCAGACGGAGAUACAGUGAAGAGGAGUCCACUCGUGGAAGAGCCUGAUCUUGUAGAACGUGACCCCAUACAGGUGAAGGAGUUGGUCUCUAUCAGGAGUGACUCUGAGUUGAACGAAGUGGAGGACAGUAGUGAUAACCUUUCCAAAAGUUCUGCUCCAGCCUCCCCACCAUUGUGCCCAGCGAACCAGGCCCAGGCGGCAGUAGAAGAACAGACUGUGCACAAUCACAAUCUUCAUCUCCACCACCAUCACCUCCACCUCCACCGUCAGCAGCAGCAACCAUCCCAACAUAUUCAUCACCAACACCAAUCCAAACCAAUUGACCUUGUACACCGGAACCCCCAGAUCCAGCAUGGCACAGUCUCCAGUAAUGCCACCUCAGUCAUCCACUCCCCCCCAGUGGCUUCUAAUAAGCCUAAAUUGUGGUCCUUGGCAGAAAUAGCCACAUCUUCGGACAAGACCAAGGAAAGCAGUGAAGCCACAAUUGGACAAGGGUCAGCUACGGCCCAGUCCAUAGUUGGCAGUGCCUCUUCACCAUCCAGAUCUCCCUCAGCCACUUGCCAUUUCCCUAACAAUACUGUUUUGCCCCGUCACCUGUAUUACAGCACACCAUUUUACCCUGGUUAUACGAACUAUGGCUCUUUUGGGCAUAUCCACAGCCACCAUGGACAAAGCACGACCCCAUCUGCCAACAGCAACCCACAUUUCAAUGGAUUAACCCAGACUGUAUUAAACAGAGCUGAGGCCUUGGCCAAAGAGUGCAAACUCAGAAGCCAGUCUCAGGCAGACCUUAGCAAAGACACUUCUUAUGAAAUGAAGAAAGGUAUGUCCAGCCUUUAACUUUGGCUUCUUCUUCGAGCAUUGGGACUCAUUUAAUUUAUUAAAACAUAAAAUGCCUUGACAGUUUACCAAUUCACCAUCAAGAAUAUUAAUAGUUCAAAUAACGACCAGCACAGAGUUCACUUUUGCUGGUCUGAUUAUGUUUUUUUUCCAUCUGCAAAGAAAGACAUACUUUGUAUCCAUAUGAUUCUGUAUAUUUAAUGUAGACUAUUUUGUAUUUAAAUGGAUCAUCACUAUCUUUGAAGUAAAUUAUUGAAUUAUUCGUUGUACAAUGAUUUACGCUGUUUUGUAAUAUAAAUAUAUAAAUCGCAU